AUGGCUGACCAUGAUUUGGUUGAAAAACCUACAAAGUGCCCAAACUGUGCAUCUUCUCAGGCUGGCCUGCUGUGCCUGUGCUCACCAAGCCAGGCUCCAGUUUUGGUGGUGGAAAUGUCACAGACAUCGAGUAUUGCUAGUUCAGAAAUGUUUGCUUCACAAGAGAGAAAAAAAGAAAGAAUUUCCAGCAGAGAAUCUUCUUUGAAGGAUUUGUCCAUAAGAACUUCAAAUGUGGAGAGAAGAAGUUCUCAGGGACAGUGGAAUAGGAGCCAUAUCACAGAAGGAAAAGUCCCACACAUAAGAAUGGAGAAUGGAGCCGAUAUCGAGGAAUUCUAUACCUUCGGAAGAAUAUUGGGACAGGGGAGCUUUGGAAUGGUCAGUGAAGCUAUAGACAAAGAAACAGGAGCUAAGUGGGCAAUUAAAAAAGUGAAUAAAGAAAAGGCUGGAAGCUCUGCGGUGAAGUUACUUGAACGGGAGGUGAACAUCCUGAAGAGUGUCAAACACAAACACAUCAUCCACCUGGAACAAGUGUUUGAGACGCCUCAGAAAAUGUACCUUGUGAUGGAGCUUUGUGAGGAUGGAGCACUCAAAGAAGUUCUGGGUAAAAGAGGGCACUUCUCAGAGAACGAGACAAGGCAGAUAAUUCAAAGUCUUGCAUCAGCCAUCGCAUAUCUUCAUAACAAGGAUAUAGUGCACAGAGAUCUAAAGCUGGAAAACAUAAUGGUUAAAAGCAGCUUUAUGGAUGAUAACAAUGAAAUGAACUUAAGCAUAAAGGUGAGUGACUUUGGCUUAGCGGUGAGGAAGCAUGGCUCCAGGAGCGAAGGCAUGAUGCAGACCACAUGUGGCACUCCCAUCUAUAUGGCACCAGAGGUUAUCAAUGCUCACGACUAUAGCCAGCAGUGCGACAUUUGGAGCAUAGGUGUCAUAAUGUACAUCUUACUGUGUGGAGAACCACCCUUUUUGGCAAAUUCAGAAGAAAAGCUCUUUGAAUUAAUAAGGAAGGGAGAGCUGAGAUUUGAAGAUCCAAUCUGGGAUUCCAUAAGUGACUCUGCAAAAAAUGUUUUGAAACAACUCCUGAAAGUAGAUCCUGCUCACAGAAUCACAGCUAAGGAACUUCUAGAUAGCCAGUGGUUGACAGGCAAUGCACUUUCUUCAUUUAGAACAACCAAUGUAUUAGAAAUGAUGAAAGAAUGGAAAAAUAACCCAGAAAGUGAUGAGGACUCCAAGAUGGAUGAGAAGACUAAGCCCCCCACUAAAGAAAAUUUGAAAAGUGUCAAAAUCGCGGGAAAGGUCCUUGAUGGCAAUAACAGUCUGCCAUCUGCAAAGACAGCGAAACAGGCCACUGCUGCAGCCAAGAAGUCUGAUUUAGAUGAUGUUGACAUGAGCACCUCAAGCUCACCAUCCAGCAAAUUCCUUUCUUCUGGGCUCAAAGAAGAAUCAGAGAAAUCCUCUGGGCCUGUAAGCCAGGCAGCAGUGGUUAAGAGCACACUGAAAACCUCUUCCUUGGUGCGAGGCAAGAAAAAAUUGUAAGGUCUGUCCGGUGCUGAGCAGUGCAAGAACAGACCGCUCCUCCAGCACUGAAGGAAGGGGACAAGAGGGGACAGCGCGGCAUGAGCUUUAGCCUUUGGCUCUGCUGAGCACUGCAUGUGUUUUCACCAGUUUAAAGUUGAAGCUAGUUACUCCAAGCAGCACAGCCUGCACAGGGCACUGAAGGACAGCUGUGGACAUGCUUGGGGCAGGCUGCUGCCCUGACCAACUCAAGGCAUUCCAGGGUUGUUUAAGAGACAAGUGCUCUCAGUGCAAGGCUGGGCCUACUUGUUCAGUUCUACUCAAAUUCUUAUAUUUAGGCACAUUUAUUUAUAAGGGAAUACAAGAAGCCAAAUACAGUGAUGGAGGUUCUACAUGAUUAUGUGCACUUUGCACUAGGAGACUUUGUUAGAUGAUUACUAAUCAAAUGGCCACAGGCAUUGUGGCAGAAGUGACACAGCCCCUCACAUGUCACUGCGAGUCUAGUUGCUACAGAUUAUUUAAGACAACUUAUUUUAAACACAGAAAAGUGGGACAGUUUAUAAUUGCUUGAAUUGGCUUGCUGCUGUAUUCUCAUAUUGA